CCCGGGAUAGUUUUUUGGCAGCUGAAGAAAUCUCAUCAUUUUGACCUAAAGGUCACUCAACGUCACAUGAAAGCAGCAGCAGCAGCUUUACCAUCAUCGUUGUCGUCACGUCCACCUUCACAACAAACAGCUGCUUUGUUCAUGCCAUAAUAUUCCAGGGAUGAAUUUAUUUGCAUUGCUAUCAGUGUUUAGAAUCAGUUUUGCCCUGCCUCUUCCAAUGCAAAGACUAUUCAGUUAAGCAAAGCAGAGCAGGUCAUCCAUCUGGUCUUUGUGUCAGAUGCAAUCCAGAUAUCAAUGAUAUUAAUUUCUCAGACUGUUCUUAACGGUUGUGAAUCCAAUCUGUUCUAGUAGAGAAUGGUUAUCAUUUAUCUCAUGCUUGGUUAUCUCCUCACAGAUACUUCUGUACUAUGCGAAAACGGCACUUUGUGCAAUGGAACAACCAUUCAACAAUGCACUGAGGUGUCCAUCAGCAGCGAGCCAUCCAGCCCAAGUGAGGGUGACGACGUCACUCUAACAUGCAAUGAAAAAUGUGAAAAUUCAACUGUGACAUAUCAGUGGAAGGAAAAUGGGGGUAAAAUAGAAGGAGAAAACAAUAAGACCCUUCUUAUCAAAAUUGUGCAUUCACCUGCUGGGGAAUACGUCUGCUCAGUAAACUGCUCCUGUUACUGUUGUGAUUCUAAACCAUACACACUGUCUGUAAAAGAAAACACUGUGAUCAUCUUGGUGAUCUGUGGUGUUGCAGCUUUGGCCCUGGUUUUGAUUAUGGGACUGAUUAUGAAGUGUAAGCUGAAAAUAGACAAUGAUAAACACAGGGAGAGGGUGAGACAGAGACAGGCUGGACAGGCUGCUGGUGGGCCAUAUCCUAUCACACCCAGAGGGUCCUAAAAAGAAAACAUUUAUCAUAUUUUAAUAUAAUAAAUUCUGAUCUUAUGCAACAUAGUAUAUAUUUAUCUUUUUGAUAUUUCAGACUUUUGCAUGCUCACAAAUUGAAUAAAUACUCUUUAAUCUCUGUUUUUGAGUGCAUGUGUGCAUGUAUAAUCAGUUAAACUCACACUUUUACACAAUGUAGCAUUGCAUUUCUGUUAGUUUGCUCAGUUUAAAAAAAAGAACCUAGAAAUGUUUUAAUCCACACACAGGAUUGGCAUGCUCGCACUAAUCCUGCUGAAUGCUCUACUCACAGGGGCGCACACUGCUCAGCUUUACAGUGGCUUGCAUGUAAUGGAUAUAUGGGACAGUAAUGCUGUCUACUCCUAUUCAUGAGAGGGAUACAUGUGGGAUUUGAAGAUUGACUUAUGAACAUAGUAAUAGCGUUAGGUGCCUCGAUUCAAUGGCAUGAUACAACGAUUUAAAGUUUAUGUGUUAAGCUCGGUCUUCAUGCUGCCAGAGUGUCUGGCAUUAGCAGUGUUUUGGGGGGGGGUUCCCCUCCCGGCCAUAUGGCAAAAACUUAUUUAUCCGCAUGUAUGAGUGGGUCAGGAAGGACUGUUUAUUCAGUUUCCUUCUAUAACAGGUGGCUAAGGGAUAAUCCAGGUAAAGCCACUGCAAAGUGGAGACGGAGGGAUGGACAGAGGAAGGGGGAGGAGGGGGAUGGGGUUGCCUUUGCAUGGACGACUAGGGCUAAUUCUGGCCUCUUAAUCCCAGUCCCAUACGCCCUGCCUCUCUUCCUUCUUGUAACUCUACAGUUACAUUGAGGAGCAGUUCACAUCCAGGUAGACAUUACUAUCACAUAAACACAUCACGUAACCCACCCAGGUUUACUGAGAAGGAAGGGAAAUAGACAGAGGCUGCUUGUCCCUUUCCUGGAUAGCUGGGUGACUGGAUAGCUAACACACCUGUGUGUGAGCUUCACUGGAGAAUGGAGCUGUAGCCCUCCAGCCACGCCACAGGAAACACACCAACAUGGGAGAAGCUCAAAAGGGCUUACUCUCUGUCAUAGAGAAACUGAAGGGAUCCACAGAGCAGGAGGUCAGGAUAGUGCUUCUAGGGUUGGACAACGCUGGCAAGACCACCCUGCUGAAAAGCCUCGCCUCUGAGGAUGUGAACACUAUCACGCCGACGCAGGGCUUCAACAUAAAGAGUGUUGCCUCCCAUGGGAUGAAACUUAACGUUUGGGACAUCGGAGGACAAAGAAAGAUCAGGCCCUUCUGGAAAAAGUACCUGGAAAACACAGACUUGUUGAUUUAUGUUAUUGACAGUGCGGACAAGAAGCGUUUUGAGGAGACGGGGCUGGAGCUGUCUGAGCUGAUUGACGAGGAGAAUUUGAAAGGCGUUCCGCUGCUCAUCUUUGCCAAUAAGCAGGAUCUGGCCACGGCAUCACCGGCCAGUGAGAUCGCUGAGGGGCUCAACCUGCACACAUACCGGGAUCGCGAGUGGCAGAUUCAGGCCUGCUCUGCUGUUUCUGGCGAGGGAGUUCAGGAUGGGAUGAACUGGAUUUGUAACAACAUUGUGAAUAAGAAGAAGUGAACCAUCAUCCCAAACAACACCGACUGGAGUGAAACAGUGCAGACAUCACAUAAGGGAAUUUUAAAUAUAUAUAUAUAUUUCAUGUAAUAUCUCCAGAUUUCACUUAUAACAGAUUCAGCUCCCCUUACAGAUUUAAAGAACAAGUUUGUUUUUACAAUUUGUGACAUUUUUAUGAAGAUUUUGCAAAAUUAGCCAAUAUAAAGACACAUUUUAGCCCCAAUAAGUCAAUUAGGCAUGUAUUGGUCAUUCUUCUAUCCUUAAAAAUACAUUUUUGUUCCUCCUUUUAUUCUCGUCUCUUAAACCUGUGUGCUUUCUUCGGGGAAGGAAAAGCUGAGUGUGUAGUUUUGUAGUGGUCUGUCAGUUACACAAACACCAGCUCAGUGUGAGUGUAAUGUAUGUGUCAUGAGAUUUUUGACAAAUAAAACAAUUAGUCAUUUC